AUGAUUAUUUCUGACCUUCCAAAAGUGCUCAGAAGGAAAAGCAAAUAUAAUACUAAUCGAACAUAUAAAGCCAUUAUUUUUUCAUUCCUGCAAGAAACAUGGGAGCAAAUAUGGGAAAGAAAAUUACUACCAAAUUUGCCUUCAAUAAUAAAUAAAAUAGCUCUUGAAUAUUCUUCUAUGUUAAAUAGUUUUAUACCAAUGAAAGAUAUUCAUGAUAGAUGGAGUAAUAAUUUUUCCAAAGCUGUAGGAUUAGUAAGUCGAAAUAUGGAGAUUUUUAGUCAAACUCAAGUAAUCUUUCAAAAUUUUUUAUUUCUAUGUGAGAAAGGUAUCGAUACAAAUAACGAGGACACAUUUGUUCAUGGAAUGUUGCAUGAUUUACUUAAUGAGAUUUUCCGUGAUCCUACGUUUGAACUAAUUUGGGCGAAUAGUGAAAGGUUCGUUUCCAAAAACUGUCAUACAAGUACUUCAGUGAGGUUGCAUUUAACACCAUAUGACUUUAAGGAUCAUAUGUCUGAAGUUCUAGAGAUAUUUGCUUCUGAUACUCUGCCAAGUUCGCCAUGCUCUACCUAUCAGAAUGCCUAUUCCGCCACCAAAAUUAGUAAAGAUACCAAUUGUUCAGUCAUCCUGCGCCACUUCUAA